AUGGACCUCCGCUUUCCGAUUGACUAUCACCCAAAGCGCCGCCAGUGGGAACCAUUUUGCGCUGGCGACGGCAAGGGUAGCGGCUGGGACCGCUACUGCGAGGCCGAGAAGUGGACAGACUCGUCGGGACUGCUGGUUUGCUCCGUGCGCCGCCGGCACUUGAUGCAGGUUGUCAUCGGAUGGGACGGCAUUGACGUCUACCUCGUGUUCCGCAGCAAGUAA